AUGCCAGCUAUUCAUUUUUGCUCUAUCCAAUUAAAUAUUACCGAAGAUAAUUGUUGUCAAUUAAUUAAAUUAUUAAAUAUACCGGAAAAAAUUCCUUUUUGUCUCCCAAAAUUACAAGGAAAUAUUUCAAAUAAUAAUUUGGGAAUUAAAAAUCAAAAUCAUACUUUAGUGGAUAAUAAUUCAACAUUUGAAGCUACCUCAUUAAUCCUCAAUAAUAUUUCUACAACAUUAUUUCCAAUAACCUCAAGUACCCCUUCUGUAAAAUAUGGAGGAGGAGCACCAGCAAUGCCUGUUAUGAAUUUAAAAAUAGCACCAAGUGAAGCGCCUGAAGAACAUUUAACGUUUCUUUUUGGAAUUUUUAUGCUAAUUUCAAUGGCUGUAAUAUGCACUCUUUUUUUAAUGAAAUUGGCAAAGGUUAAUAGUAUUCAAUCAUCAACAUCAACGAUUCCUCCACGUCUAAGAUUUAGUACAAGAGAUUUUGCCAGAAGUUUGGCUGCUGUUGAUUAUUCGCUUAUGCUUUGUAUCCCACGUUCAACCAGCACAAAUUCAAACAUUUCAAAUAAUUCUAAAGGUGUUUUUUGGCUCUUGUCCAGACUUUACGCGUCCAAUGAAUCGCAAAAUCAAAAUUCUAUGCGUCUAAUCUAUGCGAUUUCCCAGAGUUACGUUCGACUCUCGCCCUGA